AUGUGCACCACUGAGGCUUCGACUGACAAGGAUGCCAGUCCUAUUCUGUGUGCCUCAAGCUCUCAUAUCAAUGAGGAUGCUGUUGCAGGCUCAUCUCAAAAUCCGAUCAUCAUCGAUGAUGAUCUCGUCAUCGCUCAAGAAUCUUUGGAGAUGACCCACAAAAUGAAGUGGCUAGCGACAGGGUCACCUCGGAGGAACCAUACAAAGGCAUCUGCAGCUACUGCAGCUGCAGCAAUUGCAGCUUCGAAAGUGUCUCCCUCAGCCACCAGAAAGCCACAACGGGCAUCAAAAAAGGCACACGUUACGGCGGCACCACUUGCAACACUCCAGAAAACCCGAAAUGUGCAGGUGAAGGAACUGACCUCAGUCAAAAAUACAAGUAAUGCCUAUGGCGGGCAUCUGGACAGAGGAGUGAGGUUCUUGGCAAGUAUGGUUGAGGAGAGGCAAGCAAGGGGCGAGGUCAUCUGCAGUGAGGGCAUCCCAACAAACGAGCUUGAGAAGGCAUUUGAGAAACCACCAAAUCGUUUUUCGGCCAUGGCUGUUGAAAUGUUCCUAGUCCAGAAAUGCUUUGUGCAGGGCCUCGGAAAAGACACAGCAGAUGGGAUUCACGGUGCCUUCGCAAGAUACUGGGAUACAAUGGAUGGGGAAAAAUACGCUGGCGUGUACCAAAUAGAUGACGAGACAGGCAGGGUAACUGGGUGUCCUGCUCGGGCUCCUGCUGUCAUGGCUGUGGUGCAUGCAGUGAAAGUACGGUCUGCAGAGAAGGGCCAUGCAGCAAUCCGAAAUCACGCUGAGGCAAUGAUGAUAGAGGAGCUGCAAAAGCUAAUGGUGUGGUCAGAAACAAUGUGUCCCGAUGAUAUGCUUACGAUGCCCAUCGAAGAUCUCGCAACCUUAAAGUUUCGUGCCGAGCAUGCACUCAUGAGAGCAUUCAUCAGCUCGGCGUUUACACUUUGGACUAGAUGUUUCGAGUUACUCACCUUGCAAGACCAAGACAUCAAGAACAAUUGUGUGGGGCCAUCGCCGCACUACAUCCCACACUUUAAAGUUCUGCUCGAGAACAGAAAAGGGUGGCAACAUGCAAAAGGCUAUGAUGGCCCGCGGACAAGCAACAUCUAUGAGAUUUAUCACCAAGAUGUUCUCACAAUAGACAUGCAUGCGCACCUUCCAAAAUGGCAGGCAUACCUCCAAAAACUCCAACCCAACUGGAAAGUUGAGAAGGACGACUACAUUUUCCCCCACAUCGCCCCAAAUGGAUUGAUCCACCCUAAACGCGAAAUGAGCUAUGAUUCACUGCAAACUUUGCUCACCAAGUUCACGGCAGCCGCUGGACUUGAAAAGCACUACACGACACACUGCUUUCGACGUGGCGGCGCUCAAUACAGGUUCAUCAACGUGCUGCAUCCAAUUCCCCUUGGAGUGGACCAAAGCUUCAUGGGCGAACACAUUGCAGUGCAACAUGCAACAGGUGAAGAUGUUCGACAGAUACAAGACUGUGUCAAUCGCAAAUUUGAUGAGCUCACAAGAACAAUCACAACAAGAUUCUCCCAUACCUGUCAUUCCGGUCCAACUGCCCACCGUCUUACAGAUCCAAUAUCAGACAUGCUCGUUGGACCUGAACGCCCGCCACACACCCAAUUGCAAGCAUCAAGGGCUGCAUCAGCACCCUACACCUUACCACAUGCAAUUGAGGGCGCUGCCGUGAGGAAAGAAGGCCCCCAAACAUCUCUACCCCAGCGUGCAAUGUCUGAGGCUGCCAGCGUCAUCACGCCAACCUUCCGGCGCUUCAAUUUCGCAAUUCCGGACCUAGGAAGAACCCCCGGGGCGUGGAAAAGAGCGAUCAAGCAGUGGGAGGAAGUUGAUCCAGUGACAAAGCGCACCUUGAGGGACUGGCCAGAGGAGUGGUACAAGGGCAGCAGUGCCACAGCCGCCAAGCGGAUGCAGAGGAAGACAAUAUUUGAUGAGUAUGUGAGGUGGAAUAACGGGAGAACACGCUCCAGCAAGCACGGAACGGCAGAGGAACACAAAUCAAAUUCAUCUCACAACUCACCGCCUGAAACCGAAAUCGAGACCGACAUCUGA